GCCAGCGGCCUCGCCAUUGCCACUGCUUGUCGCCGAGCAGAGCGCGCCGUGGGAAGCAGAGCGAGCGAGGGAGAGAGAGAGAGAGACAUGCCUAUGGAGAGGUCGAUGUCGUGCGCGGAGAGGGGCACCAUGUACGGCGGCGCGGCGGGGGCGGACAUCCGGAGCUACAGCGCCUCCUACGCGCGGCCGGCACCGGCGCCGUCGGCGGCGUCGAGGGUGAAGCGCGCCCGGAGCGUGAGCUCGUGGACGCGCCCGGCGCCGCCGCACGUGCAGCGGAGCGGGAGCACCAAGAGCGUCGCCGCCGGCCGCCCGGCCUCGGGGCUGAACCUGCGGUCGUACAGCGCGUCCUACGCGGCCUCCUACGGGCCCACCGUCGCGGCCGACGGCGGCGCCGGCGCCGGCGGGCAGCUUAAGCGCUCCGGCAGCGUCACCAACUGGUCCUCCGCCAACCGCCGGUCCGUGAACCUCCGGGGGUACACCCCGUCCUUCGCCGCGCUCGACGACACCGCCGCCGCCCCGGCCGCGGUCCCGGCGGCCAAGAAGGCGGCGGCGCUGGACGACGCCGAGCUGCAGCGGAGGAAGCGGCUGGUGGUGUACAAGACGUACGACGUGGAGGGGAAGGUCCGGGAGUCGGUGCGCCGCGGCGUCAGCUGGAUCAAGGGCAAGUGCUCCCGCGUGGUGUACGGCUGGUGGUGAUCGAUCGGCCCCAUCGUCGUCCACCGGGCCGGUCUCACCACGUUCGCCGCCGCUCCAUGCCUGACGAUCUCCUGGUCCUGGUACGCGAGUGAGAUCGAUCAUGCAGUUCAGAGUGUACUGCUACCUAUGAGUUGAGCGUUUCUUGGUGGAUGCUGUCAUCGUCCAGAGACUCUCUCCUUCCUACUUGAUAUCUUUUUGUUCUUGGAGCUAGGAUUUGAUUUGAUUUUUUAGGAGAUCGAUUUGGUGGCAUGUAGCAUGAGCAGUGGAGCUUCUCUUGGUGGUUUGUGAGGGUGGGUAGAGGCUAGGGUGGGUGGUAGCUUGGUUGUUGGGAUGACAGGUUCCAGGAGAAUGCUCCAGCAGGUGUUGUCCUUCCUGUACAGAUACCAUCUUUCCAGUGUACUUACUAGCAGUAUCUUGUUCAUGUAAUUUAGGUACUAUACAUGUAUAGAAUAAGGUUUUGUAAAUUACUACUGCUACAGGUAAAUCACUUCAUCUUCUUCCUCUGUUACUUCUAGUCUUCAAGCAAAAGACCAAGUUUUCCAACAGGUGGUGGUACUCCUCUCAUUGAAGCACCUCCCUUGCUUGUUGAAUGUGUCAUGAAAAAGGCAGACACACCUACAUCCAAUGGGCUGGGGUCACACCAUCCAUGGCGGAUUCUCCCUGGCAAUGCCUCUGUACUCCCGGCCGCCUCUUGAAUCACAACCACGUAACAUGAACUGGCAGUUGGUGGUGUGGA